AUGACAAAAUAUGCCAGAAAUAUCCUAAUAAACAUUUGCGACAUAACCAUGAAUGAACAUUUUGGAAUACUUUUUUUCGGUUUCGUGCACUUUAAAAAGGAGGAAAAUGGGAGAAGUCAUAAAAAGACACUUUUCCUUAGAUACAGAACCUGUGUAAGCAUUAGUCUUUACUUUGUAUUGAAACGGCAAAGCCACAACUGUGUAGAAGAUGAAACAAAAAACCCAGAAAAAUAUUUAAUUAUUCUAAAUCUAGAAAAGUGUAUAACAGAUUUGCAUAAUUGUGAAAUAUGUAAAAAUUAUGGGUAUACAUAUGCAUUAUAUGUGUCCAAUGCAAAAUUCAGUAGGUAUUUCUAUCUGUUCUAUUCAACUGAACUUGGUAACUUCCUUUUGGACAGAAAUGAAUAA